AUGAAAUGUGAUUCAGAGUCGCCACAAGGCACUAGACAGAAGAACGAUAAUACGUACACAAAAAAGAUGGGCAGCGAGGAGAAGGCAAUCGUGCGGAGCAAAGAGUGUUACCUCUCGGCUUUCGCCUCCGAUGGAAUCCCAACAUCGGAUCACCUCAGGUUCCGCACCGUCGAUUUGCCGGUAUCGGUCACCUCAAUCCCCGAUGGUCACAUCGCCGUUGAGAUCCUCUCGAUCUCAGUUGACCCGUACUUGCGUACAAGAAUGCUUGGUCGUGAAGACGGCUUAUACUUUUCCCAGUUCAAGCUCGAUGAGGUGGUAUUAUCUUGCGGUGUCGGAAAGGUGAUAGCAUCGAAGGAUGAUCGAUAUGCAACGGGAGAUAUCACAAUGAGCCUGGUUUUCCCAGUGGCCGAGUAUGCUGUGGUUCCAUCGGAAUUGAUUAUGAGAAAGAUCGACCCUGCCUCCGGCAUUCCAUUGCAGGAAUAUGUCAGCUCCAUUGGAGUUCCUGGAUUUGCUGCAUGGGUGGUGGUGGAGCUGCUUGGACUAGACCUGAAGCAGGGCUCCAAUGUCUUCAUCUCGGCUGCUGCUGGCGGCGUUGGGAUGUAUGCUGGACAACUUUUUAAGCUCAAAGGCUGCCGGGUUAUUGGCAGCACUGGCUCAGAUGAAAAGGUGAAACUGGUAAAGGAUGAAUUCGGAUACGAUGAUGCAUUCAACUACAAGGUUGAAACGGAUCUUGAUGCUGCUUUGAGCAGGUAUUUUCCAGAUGGGAUCGACUUCUACCUCGACAAUGUUGGCGGUAAAACGCUGGAAGCAGUCCUCAACCACGUCAACACUCGUGCUCACAUUGUGCUUUGUGGCAUGGUGUCCCAGUACAAUCAGGUUUGGACUGAGAGGGACGGGGUGAGAAAUCUGUUGAAUAUGGUGGGGAAGGAGGUGAAGAUGGAAGGGUUCAUGAUGGGCACAUACUUUGACCGGUUCGAGGAUUUUGUUAAGGACAUGGAGCAUUACUUGAGGGAAGGCAAGAUCAAAUCGAAGCACAGGAUCAAUCAGGGGAUCGAGGCCUUCGUCGAUAGCUUAGGGUCCAUUUUCUCCAGCUCUAACAUAGGAAAGCUCAUCAUUCAAGUAAAUCCAUAGAUAAAUAUGUGG